ACAGUUUCACAGUUUUGUGUUGACUUGUGCAUCAUGAAGACCUUACUUGUUCUCGCCAUCUGCUUCAUCGCGGCUCAGGCCCUAACCGACGAACAGAAAGAUAAGCUGAAGAAACAUAGAUCAGAGUGUCUCACUGAGACGAAGGCCGACGAGCUGCUGGUGAACAAAUUGAAGACUGGAGACUUUAAGACCGAGAAUGAACCUCUGAAGAAAUACGCUCUGUGCAUGCUGAUCAAGUCGGAGCUGAUGACCAAGGAUGGAAAAUUCAAGAAGGACAUUGCUCUUGCCAAAGUACCGAAUGCGGCUGAAAAGCCAGCAGUUGAGAAGCUGAUCGAUACCUGCUUGGCCAACAAGGGCAACACUCCCCACCAGACUGCCUGGAACUAUUCCAAGUGCUACCACGAGAAGGACCCUAAGCAUUCCAUUUUCCAAUAAGCUAUUCAAGAAACGUCGAGAAACCUAAUUAUAUUUGAGAUAUUUUAAAUUUAGAACAUCAUUCUUAACAGCCAGGAUGAUAUUUCAGGAUUUAUUAUUUUAUUUUCAAGUUCGGUAACUUUCAAUGUUUUCUUGCAUAAUUUAAAAAAUUCAUUGUACUUGAUUUAAACAUCUUUAUCUUCGUACAAUUGUAUGUCAUUCAUGACGUCACCUUUUUUAAUAACUUAAAGGAAACUUGAUACUGCCUAUACGCAUUUAAUUUACUGUGAAAAUAAAAUUUAUUUGAAAUUGAA